AACAACUCUGGAGUAAAACCGUUAUAUAUGUGGUGUUAUAUUUUGGUAAAACGUGGGCGGAAGUGAUCCUGUGUUUAUACAUUCAGAUUGCAAUGUUGCUGCGCCUCGCGUGCCACUUUUUCUCAAAGUUUUUCGCCACAACUCGUGAAAAUGAGUAGUGGUUCAAAUCAGAGGACUUUGUUCCAGACUUGGGGAGCAUCCGCUUCUCAAAACAAAGUUGUUCAAUCGAAAAAAGAUGGCAAGAAACCCGCUGGACGGCGCAGAAUAACCGCAAUCAACACUCCACAGGCAGCUCCAACACACCCUCCUCGAAAUCCUCUAUGGACUGACAUAGGUCAGGGGUCCACGUACACAUCAGAGAACCAAGUGAGGACAGAGGACUUUACACCUGUGGCUGAAGAUGACGACGAUGAUCUGAUGCUGAUCGCUGUUUAUGAAGCUGAAAAGAGCCUGCAACUUGAUGAUGCAAACUCUUUUCAAUAUGACAACCCUGAAGGAAUAGAGAGCACUGCCCUCUCUCCCAUCCCGUCAGGUGGGCAGACAUAUCCAGACUUCCCUGGCUUUGACAGGUCCUCAGCUAAGGUAUGGAUUUACCCCACCAACUAUCCCAUCAGGGAGUACCAGCUGAAGAUAUCAGAGGCUGCCCUGUUUCAGAACACACUGGUGUGUCUUCCCACUGGUCUGGGAAAGACCUUUAUAGCCUCUGUGGUUAUGUACAACUUCUACCGCUGGUAUCCAUCAGGGAAGAUUGUAUUCAUGGCUCCCACCAAACCUCUGGUGGCACAACAGAUCGAGGCCUGUUAUAAAGUGAUGGGGAUCCCUCAGGCACACAUGGCUGAGCUGACAGGCAGCACAGCAGCAAAGCAGAGACAGGAAGUGUGGAGGACCAAGCGCGUCUUUUUCCUCACCCCUCAGGUCAUGGUGAACGAUCUGUCCAGACAGACCUGCCCGGCCCAGCAGGUCAAAUGCGUGGUGAUCGAUGAAGCCCACAAGGCUCUGGGCAACCAUGCCUACUGCCAGGUGAUCAGACAGCUUGGCAGCCAGACUUUACAAUUCCGCAUCCUGGCCCUUAGUGCAACUCCAGGGGGAGAUACCAAGUCGGUGCAGUCGGUGAUCUCCAAUUUGCUCAUCUCACACAUUGAGCUGCGUUCAGAUGAGAGCCCAGACAUCCAGGCCCAUUCCUACCAGCGCAGUGUGGAUAAAGUGGUGGUUCCUCUAGGGGAGACCCUUUCUGCUCACCAGGCGCGCUACCUACAGGUGCUGGAGAAAUUCAUGUCUCGUCUGGUCCAGAACCGGGUGAUGGCACAGAAAGACCUGCGGACUCUCAGCAAAUACCAGCUUAUCCUCGCCAGGGAUCAGUUCCGCAAGAACCCACCGCCAAACAUCAAGGGUCCGCAGCAGGGAAUGCUGGAGGGCGACUUUGCCCUUUGCAUCAGCCUGUACCAUGGCUACGAGCUACUGAUGCAGAUGGGGCUCCGAUCACUCUUCUUUUACAUCCAGGGAAUCAUGGACGGCUCCAGAGAGAUGUCCAGGGCCAGAAAUGAGCUGCAGAGGACUCCCUCCUUAAUGGACCUUUACCAUGAGAUGGAAGCAAUGUUUGUGAAGCCAUCUGCUGGUCCAGAUGAGCCUUUCAUUUACAGUCACCCCAAACUGGAGAAACUGGAGGAGGUGGUGCUGCAGCAUUUCAGAGCUGAGAGCUCACCAGACAACAAAGGUUCAGGUCCUCAGGAAGUAAGCACGCGUGUGAUGAUCUUUUCAUCGUUCCGUGAGAGCGUACAGGAGAUCGCAGCCAUGUUGAACCGUCAUGCUCCGCUGAUAAGGGUCAUGACCUUUAUGGGCCAAGCCUCAGCAGGGAAGGGAGUCAAAGGCUUCACCCAAAAGGAACAACUGGAGGUGGUGUACAGGUUCCGUCAGGGAGGCUUCAACACGCUGGUAUCAACCUGUGUCGGGGAGGAGGGGCUGGAUAUCGGAGAGGUGGACCUCAUUGUUUGCUUCGAUGCACAGAAGAAUCCCAUCCGCCUGGUGCAGCGAAUGGGACGUACUGGACGUAAGCGGCAGGGACGUAUUGUUGUCAUCCUGGCUGAGGGACGCGAGGAGAGGACCUACAACCAGAGCCAGAGCAACAAGCGCAGUGUGUACAAGUCCAUCAUCGGCAACAAAAGCAAGUUCCACAUGUACCCCAACAGUCCCCGCAUGCUGCCCGGGGGGGUGAACCCCACCCUGCACAAGAUGCACAUUGUCUGUGGCCAGUUUGACCAUCGGGAGAGCAGCAGGCGAUCUGUCAAGGGUCGACGGUCCCACUCUGAGGGACGGGCCUCACUCAUCCACCCUCAAAAUCUGAUUUGGCAGGGCAGUGCAACGUCGGACGGGUUUCUGAGCAGUGCUGAAUAUUCCCUCUGGGAGUCCACCAUGAGGCUGCAGGAAGAUGAAGCUCAUCCAACCCUGAAACAGUCACACUUCAUGUCCCUACCCAGUGAUCGACCGCCUCAGGAGGAAGUUUCCAAAAGCGGACCACCACCCAGAGAGCUAUCUCUGUGGGAAUGGAGACACUGGCAGCACAAAGCACUUCCUACCCAUGCUGUUGAUAAUUCCCUCCGCUGCCACCACUUCAUUAAGGUGAUGGAGCUCAUAGACGGCAUGAGAGAGGAAAAUGAGGGGGAAUGUCAUUACGAGCAGGAGCUUCUUCCUUACCUCCACAAAGCAGAUGGCCACGUGAAGAACCGACCGAAGAAACAGAAGGGCACAAAAACCUGCACUAAAACUACCAACAACGAACCCGAACCAUCUCACUCGAUGUCUUCUGAUCUGGAAUGCAUCGACGAGGAAGCAGAGAGGGAAAAUACGCCAAGAACAAGUUUAGUUUCCACAUUGACCGUGAUGAAACAAAGACUUCCUGUUGAACAUGAUACUGAGGCACCUUAUGAUGACAUCACAGACCACCCAGGACCUGAGGCGAUUUGUCCUCUUCCCCCAAACAAUGACUGUCCAGAAGCUGACAUGGAUGAUGACUGUGCCAUUAUUAAUGUCAUAAAAUCAGAGCCUGUAAAUUUUGACAGAACUUCACAGUUUAUUGCUAAAAUUGAUGAUGUUGAACUUCAGGCCAUGUUCUACCUUCCCAAAUGGAGUUCAGCACCUCCUCCCCCCUCUGCCAUACUCCCUCCAGGACGAGAUCAGAGUCUGAAGGUCAUCCUGGCCAACGUGGCGGAGCUCCUGUCCCGAUCUCCACCGUCACUGACUGAAGAUUUAGAGGCCAACAUGGCUGCUCCAUCACUUCCUCCCUCUCCUCAGCGGCCUCAUCAGCCAUUCAAGGUCAGCUUUACCCUGGAUGUGGACAACGACGAUGAUGAUGAUGAAGUGCUGAUGAGCAAUGCUGACAAUGUCUCCCCGAGGGCGUACUCAGACGAGCCUCCAGCCGGUAAAGAGGACAGUAAAAUCUAUCAUGAUUGGCCUUGUCAGGAGCUGCGGACUGUCAGCAGGGGCAGCAUAGCAGCAGACAGUCCGACCUGGGAUGAGGUUUUUGGAGAAGAAUUGAAUGAUAAUUAUGAUAUAAGAGAUAACAGCGAGGAGACGGAUGAUGAGGUUUACAAGAAGGAACGGGUUGGUAAGAAAAGUAAGAACGAUGGCUUGAGCAAUGAAGAAGAGAGUUGUUGGGAUGAUGUGAGGAAUGAGGAAAUGCCAGACUUGAGAGAUGGUGGUGUGAAACACAGCAGGGACCCUCAGAUGGACGAGAGCAUGGAUCUGUUUGGGGAUGACGAAGGCUUCCUGCAGAUGACCAUCCCAGACAUCUCCACUCCUGGCAUCACACCCAGGACAUCCCCCAGUGCUGGAGACAUUGCUAAUAGCACAAAAAAGAUGUCUAACACUUUACAUAUGCACACCCCUACAAACACAUGUAGCACUACACACACAGCUGAAACCGCACAUAGAUUAAACACAGCGCACACAGAUGAUUUAACUCAGGCCAAGCUCAUAACUCAGGACCCAAACACCCAUAACACUACAAGACAAAAUACACACACAGCAGCAGAAAGUAAACCUGUAACAGACAAUUCAGUAGCAAUUACAGCUUGUUGUAUAUCUCCCACAAUGCAGCAAAAUUCUGAGUCAUGUGACAGCUCCCAUGAAUACUUCUCUGUCAACUUUGACCUCGGCUAUUCACUGGAGGACUCUGAGGAAGAGAAAGUAGAGGAUGUUCCUGCCCAAUGUAUGUCGACCUCUCCACAGCCUAAAAAGCAGGCUGUGUCUAACUCCUCCACUCCCCAUAACAGCUUCCCUAGACAGAGAAUGCCUCUACAGUCCAGUGAAUCUACACCGCAAAUGCUGUCAGAGCAUAGGAAGAGAGAAACGUCCUCUCUUCUGGAUGGUGCACUCCCAUCUCCAAUCACAUCACCAGUAGCUAGGCGAAUGCUCUUAGUGGAGCGCAACAGUGACAGUGAGGAUGAAGUUGUGGUUCAUAAAAGAAGACAUCAGAACAAGGUCAACCCCUUGAUGUCCCCGGAAAUGUCAAAGAUCUCCAGUGAUGUGGACUCCCCGGUGGUUGUGAACAGGAAACGUGCAGCUGCACUUAAUAUUUCUGAUGAAAUGGAGGGCGAAGCGGUUUCUGAUGACGAUUUUCAGAGUGAGUCUGUGUUCACACGCAGAAGCACAGUACACGGAGCUGAGAGGCAACGAGUCCAACAGCACAAAGCCAAGCACGCUGUAUGUCAAAAAGGGCGUCAGUUCCUGGAUGAAGAAGCGGAGGAGGAGGAGGAAGAGGAGGGGGCAGACGUGUCAUCUGAUGAAGAGGAUGGAGAAGACCAGAACCAGUCUCUGGAAGGCUUUGUGGUCGACAACACACACUUCUCACAGGGACUGAACGACUCGGAGAUGCACGGUGUUUACCUGAAGUCAGUGAGAAGCCCUGCAGUCCGAGGCAAGUUCAAAAUGUCCUACAGAAAUCAUCACAACAUGGACAUAUUUUCCCAGGUGCCUGAGAUGGAUGAAACAUAUGCGGAGGACAGCUUUGUGGUGGGCAGUGAGGUGGAGGAGGUGGAGGAGCUGGAGAGCAGCGAGGAAGAGGCUGAAGACAUUGAACUUCUGCCUGAGGACUCGUAUGUGGACGGGAAGAGGCAGUAUGCCACUAGGCGGCGUGUUUUCCUGCACGAAGCCAGAGCAAGAGCUGGAGCCUGCGCUAAGACUACAGCUGAAGCUCCACCACAGAGAGCUGGGGUGAAAAACAAACGCGCCCGUGUCAUACGCCUUAAUGAUUCUAGUGAGGAGGAGACAGAGGAAGUUUGUAAAAAGAGAAGUCCCACAACAGGAGGGGGUGUCGCUGUCCCCUUGUGGCCAAAGGCGGUACAGCCGGAACCCAGCAGGCCUCUGCGGCAGCAGAAACCCUCCUCCUCCUCGUCUUCAACUAUAGCAUCCAAGGUCUCAUUGCUGAGCAAGGCACAGAGACGCUCAGUGAUUGAGGACCAGCAAAAUGAGAGGUGUCGCCAGAGGUUAGAAAAUCAGCAUUUGCUCUCUGAUGAACUGGACUUUGUAGAGUCAGCGCUGGAGUCCUCCAAGAACCCACCCCAGACACUCCCCGCCACCUCCUCAGAACCUCAGAUGUCCACUGCACAGGAUCCAUCAGUCAGCGAGUCCCCUGCUGCAUCCGGACCUGUUUGCAUUCUGGUGGACAGUCGCUGCAUCAGCAGCGGAGUGGAGCUGAUGGCCAGCCUGCGUCAGCGCCACGCAGCCACCGUCCAAGUUUGCUCACUGGACGGCAGCUACUUCAUCGUCAGCAACCGUAUGGCAGCGGAGAGGCACAGCCAAUCAGAUUUGGCUGCAAUGCAGAACCGGAAGCGAUUGGCUGAAAGAGUGAACAGCUUGCAGGGAUUGUUUGAGCGUGUUUGUCUGAUAGUGGAGAAGGAGCGAACCAAGCCAGGUGAGGCGUUGCGUCCCUUUCAGCGAACACGUUUCUAUGACAGCACUUUGACAGCACUGGUGCGUACCGGGGUGCGUUUGCUGUGGAGCGAUGGUGCUGAAGAGAGCGCUGGCUUGCUGGCAGACCUGGCACGGCUGGAGCAGCGUAAAGGCCAGGGCAUCGCUGUACCGCUGGAGGUCAAAGGGCAGCACAGGCAGCAGGCCCUGCAGCUGUACUUGAGCCUGCCCUCAGUCAGCUAUGUCCAUGCCCUCAGCAUGAGCCACAACUUCAGGUCAAUUGCCCAACUCAUGAACAGCUCCAUUGAAGCCAUACAGAAGGGAGGCUGUAUGAGUCGAUCCAGAGCUGAAGAGAUCUACCGCUUCCUGCGCUACUCCUGUGACUCCUUCCUCAUGAACACAUCAAAAGCAGGAAAAAGCAGCUAGGGAGAAACACUGUAGGAAUACCAAAAAUCUGAAUCUGAAUCUCUAUUUCUACCAUUCAUACUUUGCAUUUCUCUCUUCCUUCAUUACUUUCUUACUGAUAUAUCUGUACUUCCCCUGCCCUUCUUUUGGCUGUACUUCUUUGUUUUCAGUCUCACCAGGGACCAGAUGACAGUUACUAUGCUACGUACAGUAACUGCUCUAACUGAUGUUGUAUCUCAAUGAGAGAAGAGCAACAGGAUAUUGCUUCAACCUUCUUGCACAAUAAGUUGAAGGGGAAACACCACUCAACUCAAUUUGUGUUAUAUAAUACCACAGGUUUCUUGAUAUAAGACAUACUAUUUGUUUUAUACUGUUUUUUAAAUCAUUUGGGUGAGAAGUGUUUCCCUUAAGACUGAUGUACUGGCAUUAAUCUUAUCAGACGGUGUUGUGGCAAUACUGUGAUCAUAAGAACUCAAUCAAUAUUUGAUUGACACUUGAAUAAGUUAUUGUUUUUGUCAAAAUAAUGGAUACAUUGGUUUAUAACCUUAUUCUGAAAGAGGUAAAUAUGGAGUCAAAUUUCUUUAAUAAAAUAUUUUCGUACA